CCAGUGGGCUGGCUGCAAGUUUGUUAGGAUCUUGUUUUAAUUACCACCUGCAUUAACCACCGACCAUGGAUGGGAAGCACGCGGCACUUGCUUGGCAUAUGUAGCUUCAGAGGGAAGGGAGACCAGCAGAGAUCACUGAAAACUGCAACCGAGACCCUCAGAAAUUCCAGCUCUCCGGUCUCCCCUCCGGUCCCUUCGACUUUCCGUCUGGUGACCUGCCACGUCAUCCAAACACUCCUGAGAGUGCCUGCGGGAACCCCUCUCCCCACUACCCAACCAGAGAGGCAGACCCAAGCCAGGCAAGGCGCAACUCCGGGCCGCGGAGGUCGCCGCCAGGACAGCGCGGCCGGGUCAGGGGGCUUCGCCACCGAGCACCCUCGGGCCUCCGCGGCCGGGCUGGAGGGCGGCUCUCGACUACACUUCGGCCGCUCGGCACCCACCGGCCGGAAGGCCGUGAGGGAGGACUCGGUCUAGCGCCGUGGAGCCCUCGGAGUUACAGCGCAGACACCCGAGGGGGUGUCCCCGGGAACUCCUUCGGCCGUGACAUCCGCCCUUCUGAGGCUCCUGACCCCAGCAACGCGGCAGAGCGGCCGCGGGCCCGGGCCCGCCUAGCGGUCUGUGAGCGGCGCAGCUCUUUCUAAGGGGGGCCGUGAAGGCCGCCGGCUGCCCCCGCGCGCCCAGCCGCCCGGCCCCGCCGCCUGAGCCGCCGCGUCGCUGGCGGGUGGCAGCGGGCGUCCGGUGCGCGGGCCCCGGCGCGUCCCCGAGCGCGUGCCCGGCCGCCAGCCGCCCGCCCCCGUCGGCCGCGGCCCCGCGCGAGUUGCACUAACUUUCCGGGGCGGGGGAGGGGCGGGCGCUGCGGGCCCGGCUCCCCGGCCUUACCUGUGCUCAAAUUAUCGUUGAUUUUCAAAGGCACUCGCAGGAUGUAGACCAGGAAGAGCACGAUGAAGAACCACACGGUCCACAAAUACGUCCAAGACCAAACUAUGCAGGACUUGAGCUGCUCCAGAAAGCCCGUGCCCGCUUCAGCCAUGUUUCGGCGCUGCUCUCUGCUGCCGCGGCUCUCGGUGUCUGCCGGGAUGAUUCACCGGCCCUGAGGCGCAGCUCGCGCCGCCGCCGCCGCCGUCGCUGCCGCCGCAGCGGCCCGGGCGCCCCCGGAGCCCUCCCGCCAGGGACGCGGGCGCGGCGGGAAAUCGCGCGGGCUGCGGGCGUGCCGGCUUUUCCUUCUCCAGCCUUAUUGCUAACUCUCUAAAGGCCCCUACAAGUGGCUUUCGUGGAGCGAUCACGUGGCCUCUGCCCCCUCGCGUUCUGGGUCCAUUUAUAUUUAUUAUGCUAAUAUUUAGAAAGACAAGGCCAAAUGGCUAGCAGAAGGAAACUGCUCAGGCAGUUACAACCCGCAUAGGUUGAGCGUUUACCACACGCCGGGCACUGCUACACGCUCCGUGCAGUCUCAUUUAACCCCUGCGACAAUCCCCACUAUGAUCCUCUUUCCAUAGGCGGGGAAACUGAGGCUCAAAACAGCUGCGUAGUUUACCUUAAGGUAGAGCCAAAAUUCAACUGCAGUGAUGUAUUCUGGGGCAUGAGGUCUUAAACCCUACACUCAGGAUUCAGGUUCAAGGAAUGAAUAAACUCAGGACAGCUAGGAAAAGGGAGGAGGUGCGCUCCUCUCGCCAGCUAGCUGGCCUGCAGAUAAAUCACUCUAUUGAGCAAGAUUUGGGUGGCAGAUACUAUUUAGCUUUGUUCUCUCUCUUUGAAGCAGCACAGGGAUUUUCCAUAGUAAUCUUGACAAGCUGAAUAUCCUCCAGGUGAUUACAAGUCAAACUAUUCUCAGCCUGUUUUUAAAUAUAAACAAUUCUCUGGGGUAAUUGUGGCUGACUGUGAACUGGACACCUUUAACAAAAAUUCCAUUUGAAACAUUGUUUUGUUGUUUUUGUUUUGCCUGUGCUGAAUAAAAUCUGUUUAUUUUAUUACAAAAUGUUUUCUCAACCGAAAUUUUCAAGUCUGUUUCUAUGUAUUAGACUUUCUAUGUAUUAGAUGGUAGUGAGGCAAUUGCAGGUUUUCCAGUCUACAGCUAUUUUUAGAAUUCUGAGCAUAAAAAAUAUUUUAUUAUAAA